UUUUAUUUGUAAAACUAGUUAAAGUUUUAGAAGACUAUUUGAAAAUGUGUUCUAUAUCUUCCUGUGUCUGCUGUAUUUAUAUCCUCAUCUUUAAUUUAUUUAUUUUAAACCUUAUUAUUAAAGUUCUUUGGUAAACAUAUUGUCUUUGUCAUUGCUCUGGAAUUAUUAUAAAAAUUAAGGUAAUCUUUAUUAUUUAAUUUUCCCAAUAACAAAUUUAAAUUCCCGCCAAAUAAAUUCUAAUAAAAAUCCCAUCUCUAAGCCGCGAAAAGCUUGUAUGGUUUCACCUCUGCCAAGUGAAAAGAAAAGCGGCCACAGUUUGGAAAGACUUUUCCGUUCAAUCAGUCUCAAUUUCUGUAGAAGAUGGCCUCUGAAAUCCAGGAAUUCUUCAGAAAUAAAACCAUUUUCCUAACAGGAGCCACAGGAUUUUUGGGAAGAGUUAUUACCGAGAAACUCCUGCGAACAACGGAGGUGACAAGGAUCUAUGCAUUAAUCAGACCCAAGAGGGGUCUCUCCAUCGGAGAACGUCUCAAAAGCUGGCGAAAGGAUCCAGUUUUUAAGGAGCUACUGAGAGUAAAGCCAGAGGCUCUGGAAAGGCUUACUCCCAUUCCUGGGGAUUGCCUGCAGCAGGAUCUGAGCAUCAGUGCUUCGGACCAAAGGAUCCUGAUCUCCGAAGUGCAGGUGGUAAUCCAUGGCGCUGGAAUUAUUCGUCCUGAUGAAGCCCUGCACUUAUCCCUGGCCACCAAUGUGCGUGCUACCCGGCGGAUGCUUGAGUUGGCCAAGCAAAUGAUCCACCUCGAGUCCUUCGUCCACAUUUCCAGUGCCUACUCCAAGUACAUGAAGUGUCCUGUCGAGGAGAGGUUUUAUCCCGAACAUUUAAGCUACAGUUCAGACAGGAUUCUAGCUGUGGGAGAGCUGCUAGGCCACGACCUGCUGGACGAGAUUACCACAGUCCUAGUGGGAUCCUUUCCCAAUACUUGUCUCUACACCAAGGCUUUGGCAGAGGAUGUGAUCCUGCGAGAGACAGGUGACUUGCCGCUUUGUGUUUUUCGAACUGGAAUUAUAAUGUCCACCUACAAGGAGCCUGUGACUGGCUGGGCAGGACAUGUCUCUGGACCCCUGGGUCUCCUGGUGCCCAUUCUGGGCGGCGUGGUGCGUGUUAUCCAGGCAGAUCGUCGGGCUCAGAUCGCCGUGGUGCCAGCAGAUUUUAGCGCCAACCUGAUCCUGGCUUGUGCCUGGAAAACUGCUGAAAAUGUACGACAACGGGGGAAACCCCCUAUCAUAUACACUCUGGCUCCGAGUGAGGAAAAUCCUUUGAGCUGCGGCACCUUGAUCGAUUCCUGUCUGUCCCAAUGCGAUCGUAUUCCUCCCACAAGGAUGAUGUGGUAUCCAUUCCUGCUGUGCAUUUCAUCUGGAUUUUUCUACCAGCUAGCCACCUUUUUCCUGCACAUCCUGCCGGGUUACUGCCUGGACAUCUUGCUGCGCCUGCAGUGGCGGGAAUCUGUCCUGAUGAAUCUGUACGAAAGGAUCCACAAGAACAUUUCCGAUCUGGCUCCAUUUAGCAAUCAUUCCUGGCACUUUUGCAUGGACAACACUCGGGAAUUGUUGGAUUCCUUGUCUGAGCAGGAUCGUCGAAUGUAUGACUUCGACAUGGCUAACCUGGACUGGCAGGACUACUUCCGGUGCGUCAUGGAGGGAAUGCGUCUAUACAUAGCCAAGGAUCAGCCCACAUUGGAGUCUUAUGGCAAGGGUCUGAGGCUCAGGAAUCGACUAAAGAUUCAGCACUAUGUUUUCUGUGCUUUUCUGGUCUCAACAGCGGCUUAUGUCCUGUGGCAGCUGGCCAGGAUGUUUAUUGAAAGUAUUACCGAAAGCUGAAAGUAAGAAUUUAUAUUUUGA